AAAAACAGUGUCCGCUCACCUCACGUUUAAAGAAGUCUGUUUCGUUGAUAUUAAAAUAAAAAUUUGCAUAAAUUUAUAGUUUAGAUAAUAAAACGACAGACGUAUAUAUUUAUUUAGUGACUAGUUACAUUGCAAGAAAUAAUUUAAUCAUGGAAGAAAAAUUCAUUCUUACUUUAGAUAUUGGUACCACAACUAUCAGAGCUUAUAUUUACAAUACAAAAGCAGAUGCAAUAGGAAAAGCAUCAGAUCAGGUAGUGCUUCAUUACCCUAGUCCUGGAUUUGUUGAAAUUGACCCUGAUGAAUUAUGGAAUUCAAUUGUGAAUGUUGUCCGCAAGUCUCUAGAAGACGCUCGCAUCACAGCAGCACAAGUGACAGCCAUGGGUAUAUCAACACAAAGAAGCACAUUCAUAACAUGGUCGAGAGAAACAGGGAAACCAUUCCACAGGUUUAUAACAUGGAAAGAUAUAAGAGCUAAUCAGUUAGUCAAGCAGUGGAAUGAUUCUUAUAUUUGGAAGUUAAUAAGGGCUGGUUCGUAUGCACUCUACUUGGUAUCGAGGAGUAAACGAUUUCGCGCCGGCAGUGUAUUAAAAUUCAUGAACACGCAGACCACGCUAAGACUUUGUUGGGCACUUCAGAACAUACCAGACUUGAAGGCUGCGGCAGACAAUGGAGACGCUAUGUUUGGCACCUUGGAUUGUUGGCUAUUAUAUAAAUUGACAGACAGCAAAAUCCACAUGACAGACGUGUCUUCAGCGUCCGCAACAGGCUUUUACGAUCCGUUCACGAUGGAGUGGGCUAACUGGGCGUUAACGCUGUUCCGGAUCCCAGCAUCGGCUCUACCGACCGUCGUAGAUACGGCCGGUGAUCAUUUCACAAGCACAUCACCCUCUAUAUGGGGCGCGGCGAUACCUAUAAGGAGCUGUAUGGCAGAUCAAACAGCGUCAAUGUGGGGCUCUUGUUGUUUCGACGUCGGUGACGUCAAGCUUACUAUGGGCACGGGCACUUUUUUCAAUAUCAACACGGGAACGAAUCCUCAUGCUAGCGUUUCUGGAUUGUACCCGAUAGUGGCCUGGAGGCUGGGGAAAGAACUGGUGUAUUCUGCGGAAGGAGCUAAUAAUGACACAGCUUCUAUUAUAAAAUGGGCGCAGACGUUAGGUUUAUUCGAAAACCCUCAAGAAACCGCAGACAUUGCUAUGUCUGUUCCGGAUUCAGAUGGCGUAUAUUUUAUACCCGCGUUCAGUGGGCUUGGGCCACCUUACAACGACGGCACGGCGGCGUCGGGUUUCGUCGGCAUGAAGCCGUCCACGCACAGAGCACACCUGGUGCGCUCUGUGCUGGAGUCGCUCGCGUUCCGCACGCAGCAGCUGUACGCGUGCGUGCGCGCCGAGACCGACUGCCGGUACAGCUGUAUCAGGUUAGACGGCGGAGUUUCCAACAACGACUUCAUAGCUCAACUGGUCGCGGACCUCACGGGCUUGCGAGUGGAGCGCCCUCUACACGUGGAGAUGUCUUCUCAGGGCUGUGCGCAUAUAGUCGGCUUGCAUUUAGGUAUAUGGAAAUCAAAGGAAGAGUUGAAAUCGUUACGGCAAAUUGGUUGCGUUUUCAAGCCGCGCGCGCACGUGAGGAAGUAUUACGAAGUUUCCAUCGAGCGGUGGGAGGACGCCGUUCGCAGACUUUGCGGUUGGUACGGACACAGUAAAAACAAAUCAACGCAAUCCUUAGCCAUUUCAGAUUCCAGUAGCAACUCGAUCACCCCACAGAAUAGUUUUAAGAUCUCGCAUAAAAACGGACCGGCUAAAUAGCGGUGGCUUUUCCUACUGCUCGCAUUUUUGAUCGCGUGGCUGCCAUUGUACAGAUGAUAUUUGACUUGCCAUUAUCAUAAGGUGUUUUGUUGGUAUGUUUGUAAGCUGUUGCGGUUAAGGAUUUGAGGUAGAUUGUAGGUGCAUUAUGCGGUAUCGCUGCCAAUAAGUUAGCGGCAAAAAAAUUAUCGCAAGGAAGUUACUUAAGUACUGUGAGUGAAAAUUUUGCAAUAAUAUUUAUCAACAAUAGUAUAAUAUUUAAUUUAUCAAUUUUAAUAUUUUUUUCCUUGAAUAGCUACUUUUGUUUUAAAUAACGCGAGUAUUCUUAUACCCGCACAAUUCAUUAACAGAACAUUAAUGAGAACAUACUACAUGGUACUCUUGCGAUUAAAGUGGAAUUUGUCAAAUAUUUCAUGCAAAAAUUAUUAAAAAAUAUUUCAAACUUUUUCAUGACGCAUUUCACAUUAGAGAUUUUACUAAAUCACCUCCGAUUAAUUAAAUUAUCUCUAAUGUGAUGACUCCAUCAAUGGCUUUUGUUACUAGUUGGAAAUUUUAUAACGAGUUUUUAUGGUGAAGGAUUCUAUGUUAUAUUAUUAUAUUAGUUAGAGGUGUUAAGUGUAAAGGAAAAGGAUAUAUUUUAACUAUUUUUAAGUGUGUUCAUUUCUUGUUUUAUAUACUCGUAUUAAUUGAUUAUAUAAUGUCAAUGUAGUAAGUAUUAUUUUUAAGAAAAUCGAUUUUACUUUAUUUCAUAAUCUUUUAUUAUUUUGAUUAUUAUAUUGUUAGUAUUUUCAAGUAUUGAAUAUAAGGUGAAAAUGGGUGAUAUAAUUAGAAAUAUUAGGUAAGCAAUAAAACUAUACAUUUUUUCUCUCUUUAUUUAUGAAUCAAAAUAGGAUGGAUGCCUACAGUGUUGUUUAAAUUAAAUAAUACUCUCGCUAUGUAUAGCUUUCAGAUACGGCCUAGCCGAAUUAACUAUAACUUUACCAAAAUGUUUGACUUCACUGACUUACAGCACAUCCAGCAAGAUUAUUCUUUUUUGGGAACAUAAAAAAAAAUCAAAAAAACUCAUUGACCCAGUGCACGCACAAGGGUCACUCGCCGUUGCCUUGUUAUUUGUAAACUCUAUUGCAAAUAACCAAAACAGAAUACAAUACAGUAACUGCAUGUAAAAAAACAUAUGUUCAAAUUUUUACGGCUUUACAAAAUAUUUUAUUUAAUUAUAUGGCUCAGAAUGCAACAAACAAGAGGAGACUGAGUUAAAAGAUUUUCGUGUAGUCUUGCUGAUUAAAAGCAUAUAUUAUUUUGAAUUGGACGUCCUACGGCUGAAAUGAUGAUUCGUUGAUGUUGUUGGCAACAAUUAAUGCGGUACGUUCAUUCAUUAGAAUUUAUAGAUAUUAACAUUUAUCGUUACUGUACACUGUAAUGGAAACGGUGUAUAGUUUGUUUUUCUAUAGUCUUUUUUAAAACGCACAAAUUAUAUCCAUAGAAUAGAGAAUGUAUAAAUCUGUAAAUUGUAGAUUAGGAAUAAAAUUAAUCUUUACCUAUUAAGCUAUAUCUCUCGUUAUAAAUAAUAAUCAUAAUUAUUGAUUUAUUUAUAUCGUACAUUUGAAGGUGGUUCAAUGUAUAAUUUGGGGGGAAAAUAAAAAACAUUUCGUUAUAUAAUUAUAAAAUUAAUUUGUAUUGUAACUGAAUGCAAAAAACUACACAGCUCAUUCCAAUUAAUUUUAAUCUCUAGUCGUUAUAAUAAGCUAUGAAUGAUGAAGCUUAUGACAGGCAUUUUUAUUUAAUUGU